UGUUCCUUAUCUGUUUGUGUGGACAUUAACAUACAAUGUGUAACAUACAUACAUGAGUAGACUGGUGCUGUAUAAUAUUAAUGCUGGGUUCUCUAUUAGGAUCUUUACAAAGAGAAAGACAUAGACCGAAGUGGCUGUAUGAGUUCCUCUGAGAUGCGGAUGGCCGUUGAGGAGGCUGGUUUCUCUCUAAACAACCCUAUGCAUCAGAUUAUUGUGGCCCGUUACAGUGAACCAGACCUCUCCAUCGACUUUGACAAUUUUGUGUGCUGCCUGAUUCGCUUGGAGUUGCUCUUAAAGACCUUCAAGAUACUGGAAAGGGAUGGGACAGGUCAUAUAGAGCUGGGUUUUUCUCAGGUAAGAGCCCGUUUGUGAUCAUGAAACAUGAACAUAAAACAGGGGAUUUAUAAACUGCAGAGCGAAGUGUGUUUAUGUGUGUCGUCCACAGUGGCUGUAUCUGGCGAUGGUGUAGAGGACUGUUUACAGGGGAAGGAUCCAGUUUUGUGUUGAAGUAUCAUCAUAUCUGGGUAUUUGCUGCAGGUUUUCUGGUGAAUGUCU